AUUAACUAAAACAGGAGAAUUUGGAAAUUCUCACAGGCACACACUGCGACCCCACUCUCCCUGGCAACCCUAGCUCCCACUCUCUUGCCCGCGACCCUAGCUCUCCCACUCUCGCUCGACGCUGGUUCCGCUUGCAACCCUUGCUCGCGGUGGUUCAGAGCAAUCUCUCUCGCACGCACGGUGGUCAUAAUUGUGGGUGUGGAUUUGGAUGAGUUUGGGGUCGAGCUAGGUGGUGGGCACCGUGUGUUUGUGAAUCUGCAUGAAAGGGAAAGUGAGAAAUAAUUGAUUGAUUGGUGCGGAGUAUACAUGCCGCAAUUCUUUCAAGUCAGUAUGUUUGAUGCAUUUGUACUUGGGUAUCUAGUUUUUCAGUUUUGGUUUGAAGACAUGCACAUAGAUACAGGUCCAUCUGCAGUUUAGUUUGUUCCCGGUGGGGCAAUUCACACGCUACCCAUGAAUCCCAUUUUGAUUUGCUUGUUGGAGGCGGAGAAUUGAGAAGAAAAUGAGAGCAGUGUCCCUUUGGCUUCGGCGCAAACACCAAUUGCCGUUGGCAUUGGCAUUUCGCAGAUUCUCGACAUCUAAUUCGAAGGUGAAAAUCUUUGAUCGCGAGUUGAAGCGCACACAACGUGACCGAGCCGCAUGGUUGACUCCCUCACACGACCCUCUUCUUCACACCGUCGCUCAAAAUCUCUUGGACCGCUUGCAGGACUGUAAGAAGACUUUUCCAACUGCGCUAUGCUUAGGAGGCUCAUUACAACCUAUCACGCGCUCUCUUUCUGCUCCUCCUGCCCCAGGUGGCGUGGAAAAGCUUAUUGUCAUGGAUGCCUCCUAUGAUAUGCUUCAAGCCUGUAAAAAUGCUCACCACAAUGCCACCGUUGAGACCCACUUUCUUGUUGCUGACGAAGAGUUUCUUCCUAUCAAAGAAAGCUCUGUGGAUUUGGUUGUUAGUUGCUUGGGACUACACUGGACUAAUGAUCUGCCUGGAGCAAUGAUACAGUCUAGAUUGGCAUUGAAGCCUGAUGGCUUAUUUUUAGCAGCUAUUCUUGGUGGAGAAACAUUAAAGGAGCUCAGAAUAGCUUGUACGUUGGCACAAAUGGAGCGUGAAGGAGGGAUCAGUCCCCGAGUAUCACCUUUGGCACAGGUUCGAGAUGCUGGGAAUCUUUUGACUAGGGCAGGUUUCACCCUUCCAGGGGUUGAUGUUGAUGAGUAUGUAGUUAAAUAUGAAAGUGCUCUGGAGCUUAUAGAACAUCUCCGUGCAAUGGGUGAAACAAAUGCUCUUUAUCAAAUGAACAAUAUCCUAAAGAGGGACACAGCGUUAGCAACUGCAGCUAUUUAUGAUUCAAUGUUUUCUGCAGAAGACGGCACUGUACCUGCAACAUUCCAGGUUAUAUACAUGACGGGGUGGAGAGAACAUCCUUCUCAGCAGAAAGCAAAAAGAAGGGGAUCAGCCACUAUAUCUUUCAACGAUAUUCAGAAGCAAUUUGGAAGCCAAAAUUGAUUGUCCUUCCCCUUAUUUUUCACUCUGCAUAUUUUAGUUUAAUUAAUAUACUUGGCGCAUUGUAUGUGUGGGUAUACUCUUAAAUGGUUGACUUCAUGUAAAAUAUGAGUUUGACAUUAUGAAAUAUUAUUUUCUUUUGAUUUAAUUACUAUAUAGUUUAGAUAUUAAGAAAUAGAAAUGUGUCCCAAUGGAUUUACAGACAUUCUUCAGUAUCCAGAUCGAUUUUCACA